AUGGUCAGCUCGUCCUGCCCCUCAGGGACCCUUAACCAGCCUCCACUGCCGGGCAUGGCCUCUGCUCCCUUCCCAUGUCCUUUGUGGAGUGCCAGGGACCCGUCCUUGGCCAUGCUGGGGAACCCACGCCAAGGGCAGUGCGGAAGGGGGCACGGACCGUGCGCCCUCCGGCCGCCAGAGGGCGCGGGCGGGCCGGUCCGGGCCAAGGAAGUGACGGCGGCGGCGGGGCCGGAGAGCGUGAGAAGAAUGGGUUCUGUGUCAGAGGAGCUCACCUUGGUCCCCUUGCACCAGAGGCCGGAGCUGCUGGAAGCCUGUGCAGAGCUGCUGGGCGAGGAGUGGGGGAAGAGCCGUGCGUCGCGGCUGCACUCGCUGCAGCGCUCCUCGGACGCCUUUCCCGUGUGCCUGCUGCUGCUGCGGAGCCGCGGCCCCAGCGACAGCCCUGCCACCCCCCGGCAGGGGCCCUGCGAGCUCGUGGGCCACGUGCGACUGUCCCGCGUGCUCAGCCGUCCCCAUGACCUCUUCGUGGAGAGCGUGGUGGUGGCGCGGGCGCUGCGGGGCCGGGGCUACGGGCGCCGGCUGAUGGAGGCCGCUGAGCAGUGGGCCCGGGCCCGGGGCUUUCGCUGCCUGCGCCUCACCACCCACGACAAGCAGCAUUUCUAUGCGCACCUGGGCUAUGUCCUGGGCGAGCCGGUGCAGAGCGUGGCCUUUCUCAGCCCGGCGAUAUCCUCUGAGGUGCUGCGGCUCUUCUCCGCCCCUUCUGGGGCUGCCGCUGCCACCAGCACCAGGCCGUGGGUACCCGCGGUCCCCCCGCCGCCCCCGCCGCCCCUCGCUGUGCCCCCACCGCCUCCCCCACCCACUGUGAUCUGGGCGAGGGGUGUCCUGGCUGAGGGCGGCGAGCAGCAGAGCCUCCUGCAGACCCCGCACCGCGAUGCCAAAGGGCUCCCGAUCUUCUGGAUGAAGAAGGACAUCUGAGGGGCCCCGAGCAGUGAUUAAAGCAGUGCGGGUGGGAGCUGCCCGCCGCAGCCCUG